AUGCUUUUAAUUCUGGUGCUGGCCGCGGCAAGCCUCGGUGUUCGCGUUUUCUUUCAUCACUCUCUAGACUUAGCCGGUCUGGUGCAGAUGGAGUUUGAAGACAGAUUUUCCAAACAAGCCUUGCAAAAAGUGCCCAUGUCGGAACGGCCCAUAAUAUCAGCCAAGGACGCGGUAUUUGAGAGCGGGUGCAGGGACCCUCUUAUCGAGGCGAAAAACCCCCGUAUGAACGCCGCGUUUGUUGUUCUCGCGCGCAACUCUGAGAUUGAUGGCGUCGUGUCGUCGAUGAGGUCGCUGGAACGCCACUUCAACCAAUGGUUCAACUAUCCGUGGAUUUUUCUCAAUAACGAACGUUUUAGUCAGGAGUUCAAGAAGAAAGUAGCACAAGUGAGCAGCGGGCCUGUGCGCUUCGGCACAGUGCCGGCGGCGAGGUGGAAUUUUGAGGAGCAGCAGACAAAUCCUGUGCUGUUCAAGGAGGCUAUCGAGUCGCAGGGAGACCGUGAGAUAAUGUACGGCAACACUGCCAGCUAUCAUAAUAUGUGCCGUUUUUAUUCCGGCUACUUUUUCAAACACCCCCUCGUGCGGAAACUGGACUGGUAUUGGCGCGUGGAGCCGGAUGUAGACUUCUACUGCGACUUGACAUAUGACCCGUUUCUGGAGAUGCAAAUGCGGGGCAAGAAAUACGGGUUCACGGUGGCAAUUAAAGAGCUGGUCAACACGGUGCCAAAUCUGUUCCGCUACACGAACGCGUUUAUCAAAAAGCACGACGUGCCGCUGUCAGACGCAUGGGAUUUUUUUGUCGACCGGUUCGACGUGUACAAGGGCCAGAACAGUGAGCACUACAAGAGCACCACUAAUAGACGCGAUUUUUGGAAAAAGCUCGAGGAGCGGGUUCCAAUGUACCACGCGUUGCAGACAGCGGGUGAGGACGCGGCCCGGCUGGACCAGCACUCGCUUAAUAGGCUCGUGGAUCAUAGCAACAAGCGCGGGCUGCACAUGGUCAACAAGGACCAGUUCGACGGGACAGAGUACAAUAUGUGCCAUUUCUGGUCAAACUUUGAGAUCGCGCGCACAGACCUGUUCACAUCGGAGCUGUACCAGCAGUACUUUGACUAUUUGGAGUCGUCGCAGGGGUUUUUCAUCGAACGGUGGGGAGACGCUCCGGUGCACUCUCUUGGAGCAGGAAUGUUUCUCAAUUUGUCGGAAAUUCACUAUUUUAGAGAUAUCGGCUACAAACACUCGACUUUAGGCCACUGUCCGAAAAACUCGCCGCGCCAGCUGCCGUACAAGCCGGGCCCGCGAUACAAAAACGUUUACCACGAAAACGAUGAACGCAACCUGGCAAAAUAUGACAGGCCGGUGUCAGAUGGCGGUGUCGGGGUGGGUUGUCGGUGUAAGUGUCCUGCAGAUCAUGCCGAGAUCGAAAAUUCCGGGGGAUCGUGCGUGGCACUGUGGGCGAAGUUGACUGCCGACGAGUGGGAGCCCAAUGCGACCCUGGAUCUGGACGCGAUAGAGGCUCGCGCUCUGGAGAUGUACGAACAGUAUUUGGAGCAGCACGACAACGACGGGUCCAAGUGGAAGCUGAGCACUGCCGAUUGCGGGGAGCUAGAGAAGCUGGGCUCGCUCUGA